AGGUGUGAGAGAGAGUUUUGAAAUAUAAUUUUCAAAGAAUUUCUCGACUAUUUCUCGCAAAUUUUAACCUCCAGUACUCUUCCGAUCGUCAACAAACCUAUUCGAAUUAAAAGGACCUUCAUUUUGGUCUACUUUCGGGCUUUUUCUUCGAGAAGCGUUGUGGUUUCGAAGCAUGAUAGCUGUACGUGUUUGUUUUGCUUCUUUCGUACUUCUGUGGAGUUGUGCUUGGUCAUAUCGACGGCCGCUGGGGGAUUUCAUAAACCACUAUGAAACUCUGGACUACGACACAACUGCAGUACUCAGGGAACAUGGUCGAGUGAGGCGUUCAAGUCCAAACAGCGAUCAUCGCAUUGAAUUAAAUUUAAAAACUCAUCAAAGAGAAUUUAAGAUUCGUCUUAAAAGGGAUACAGACCUUUUCACAGAUGACUUCAGAGUGGAAAAUGCUGAGUUUGACCCCGCCAAAGUUGUGGCAGGGGAUGUAGAAGGUCAUAAAAAUUCAUUUGUCCAUGGUUUUAUAUCCGAUGAUGGCGUAUUUGAAGGCAAAAUCCAUGUAGGAAAUGACGAGUAUUUUGUUGAGUCAGCAAAAGAGUAUUUCAAGGAUGCUCCUAAAGACUUCCACUCAGUUAUUUAUGAGAGCAGAGAUGUGCAAUACCCUCAUGCUUAUGGUGCAGGGUGUGGAGUGAAUGAAAAAGCAAAGAGGUGGAUGGAUGAGGUGAAAAGGUCAGCAGUUUCAGGACAAGUGAUCGAAGGGGAACAUGUCACCAAGUCUGAGCCAGUAUUAAACAGAUAUCGCAGGGCACCUGGAGACCUUAAUCCAAAUAAACUUUCUUGCACUUUAAAAAUGAGGGCUGAUCAUUUGUUCACAGAGAAUAUGGCUGGAGGGAACAAAGAAAGGGCAUUGCUGCUGAUGGCAGACCAUGUCAAGGCUGCAAAUGCCAUUUAUAAAAAUACAGAUUUUAAUGGUGAUGGCAAAUUUGAGGGCAUUCAGUUUCAAAUCCAGAGAAUGCAAGCCAAUGACAGUUCUGAUACUGAAGUUGCCGACAACCCUUACAAAGAUAACAACAUUGGAGUGGAAAAGCUCCUGGAGCUAAACUCUGAGGAAAACCAUGAUGACGUGUGCCUGUCUUACAUCUUUACCUACCGUGAUUUUGCUGAUGGUGUGCUUGGACUUGCGUGGGUUGGUGAGAAAGGUGGAGCUGCUGGUGGAAUUUGUGAAAAAGCAACAACUUUCAGAGAUGGAAAAAAGAAAAGCUUGAACACUGGAGUUGUUACAUUUAUCAACUACAACAAGAAAGUAACACAGAAAGUCUCCCAGAUCACCUUUGCACAUGAAACUGGCCACAAUUUUGGUUCACCACAUGACAGUACUUCUAACUGUGCCCCUGGAGGAAGUGAAGGAAAUUACAUCAUGUUUGCCAGAGCAACCAGUGGAGACCAAAGGAACAAUCGUCUCUUUUCGCCGUGCAGCAGAGAAAAGAUGAAUGGUGUGAUGGAUGUCAAGGGAAGAUGCAUUGAAGCCAAAUGCUGCUUCCAAGAUGCUGAAGGAGCUAUCUGCGGUAAUAAGGUUGUAGAGGAAGGCGAAGAGUGCGACUGUGGAUAUGUAGAAGAUAAGUCAUGUGAGGAAGAUGUCUGCUGCAUGGGUCGUAAUAAAACUGAUGGUUGCACACGUAUGCCAGGGAAAAAUUGCAGCCCAAGCCAGGGACUUUGUUGCAGUGAAGUGUGCACACCCCGGAAUGCAAGCUUUUUGUGUCUUAAUAGUACAGAGUGUGCUAACACAUCCUAUUGCGAUGGAACGAAUGCUACCUGCCCAGCCCCAGCGCCUAAAGCCAAUCUUACUGAAUGUAAUAAUGGACGGCAAGUGUGUAUAUCAGGGGAAUGCAGCGGUUCCAUUUGCCUCAGGUACAAUUUGUUGGAGUGCCAAUGCGAACAGGAAGAUCACCUUUGUGAUGUGUGCUGCAAAGACGGAGAAAAUGGCGAAUGUAAGCCGACAGCAGACAUUGAUGCCAUGAAGGAAUUGGAACUCAAGCAGUUCCCUGGCGCGCCGUGUGAUAACUUCAAUGGUUACUGUGAUGUGUUCCUCAAAUGUCGUGCCGUGGACGCCGAUGGUCCGUUAUCACGCCUCAAGGACAAGUUCUUCAGCAAGGAGGCCAUCUUGGGAUACUUCGAAUGGAUCAAGCAACAUUGGUGGGCUGUGGUACUCAUGGGUCUUGGCUUGAUACUGCUUAUGGCAGGGUUCAUCAAGCUAUGCAGCGUGCACACCCCAAGCAGUAAUCCCAACCGCAAACCGGCUCGUCAGCUGACUUUGCGCCGUCAAUCACAGCAGGCACGUAACCAACGAAACCCCAGAAAUCGACAAAAUGCGAACAACCGAGGGAACCCCCGUCACGCCCAGGACUUGGAUGACCCGCCACCCUACCCUGGUGCGCCAAUGGAAAUGCACGGAGCGAGGCGAUAGGUUUUUUUGACUAUUUGAUGUACUACUUAGCUUACACUUGUAGAUUUAGGGAUUGCUCUUCUACACUUGUAGAUGACCAAGGUGACAGUGGCGCUUUAGCAUUUCAAUGCAUUCUGGUGCUUCUUCUUAUGUUCCUGUUGUAAUUAUGAACCCCAUCGCUCAGCAGUUGUUUGGGUCUGCGCCACACAACAGCCACUUUCGGUAGUGUGUUUGGCGCUUGUGCAUUCUGUUGUAGAAUUUCACUAGGACUUGUUAUAAUAGAGCAAAACUUUUUGUUUUGGAUUGCUUUUCAAAAUCUCUUCAUGCUUGACAUUACAGAGAUGUUGUGAUAGGAUGUGAUAGGGUUAAAUUUUGUGCCAUUAAUUAAGAUUUGGCGUUAGCUUUAGCGUAAAGAUAAACGAAUUAAUUUGUAUUUGGAGAAUUUUAAAAAAAGGAGAAAAGUGUUAAAUGACCUUAAAUUCUAAUCUUCAGGACUGGGAACAGCACCUCUAUUUCCAUGCGGAUCGUGGGGCGUGAGAAACGCAAGUGCGGCUGUUGUUAUCUCUCGCGUUUUGUCGCUUUUCCUUGGGUGGUAAUGCAACGUUUUCCUCCGCUGAAGCUCUGCGUGACAGCCCGAGUAACGACUGUGAAACAGAAUGCUCAACGAUUCGCAAGGGAAUAGAGCGCUGGAGACGGUUAGGAGAGCUUGUUGUCAGCUACCCAGUCUGUUCGAAUGUUCGCAGCUUUUUGUAAGAUAUAGUUUUUCAUCCAUAACCAAAGGAAAUCACAUAGCUUUCGAGAUACAGUACAAGUAACCACUGAAAUAGAUUGAAAUCUAGCCAGGCUUUUGCUCGGCGUUUGAUGUUGGUCAAAUUGAUGUGACUGUUCGUCUGAUCUGAGGGUGGGUGGGCACAAUUAGCUGGAUGACUUUUCGAUUCAUUUCAUUGUACAGGUUGUGGAUUUGGCUUUUUUAUGCGUCCAUGUUUUGUAGAAGUGCGACUGAAUUUAAAGUUCUGGAAUUAAAAAAUUCAGCAUAUCAAACAGGUUGGUUCCGCCCUGACAACCUAAUUUUUGGAACUUUGAAAGGUAGAAAUGUUGGUAGACUUUUUGUAUGUAGAUAUGAAAGGCAGUUGUCGUUUACUGUUGCAAAACUCCAAGGCAAGAAAUACUUCAAGACCCUCCAGAAGGCACGCUAUAUUUCAUGUAGACUUCAGCGUAUAUGAUUAUCUUUAUGAAUUUAGAAUUUUGACAUAUUUUGUGACUCCCGGUUGUUACUUUUUCAUUCGUGGGCUGAUGUUCAGCCCUGGAACUCGUCUGAAAAGUAUUCUGUCGUUAACACUGAUUGAAAAAAAUUUCAUAGAUUUUCUUGGUCAGAAAGGAAAAGUGAUGUGUAAGGCCUGAGGGCCUUCUAGAAGUAGAGUUUGUAUGUACAGUCAUCUUCUGAGACCCAAGGACAGAUAGUCGAAUCAGGCCGCUUUCGCUCGUUUGACUUCGUCAUGACCUGAAAAUCUGUCCUGGCUCUCCGAAGAUGUCCUUGCAUUGGCUUAAAAGGGUCGCGUCUUACAAGCUUAGUUUAUAGCUGGUUAACGACCUUUGCAAUCCUGUUCAUGCGUCGGCUUGAUGAAAUGACAAAAAACCGUUUAGUAGGCCUGAAAGGCGAUAAUUAUAACUAUAAUAUAUACUUAUCAAUCAAAGUCAUAAGUGUGGGGUUGAAAGCAGGUUCUGUCAGCCUUGCACUUGUUCAAUUAGUUUAACCAAGUGUUGACAGUCGAACAUUGCUGCUGGUAGCCGGGCGGUUGGACUCAUUUCUUGACAAAAUACAACGUGAAAUUGUUUGUACUGGUUGUCUUAUUUUUCGUAGAUCCAGAUCAACCAAUUUAUGAUUAUAGCUUUCAACAGUUUCUCACAGCUCUUUCAAAGAGCCCUUGCUGGUCCGUCCUCGGCCUUUGUUUAAUUUCAUUUUAAUGUUGGAGGCUUGAACACUAAUAUUUUACUCUUCUGGGUACACUGUAUUUACUCUGCUGGAGAACUGUGUCGCAUUCGUUACGUAGAUUUCCGUAAUGUCUCUCAUCGUCUGUCGUUGAAUAAUUUAUUGUGACCGCAGUUCACAGAUUACUAGCUUGUAAAUAUAAGCAGCAAUGUUCGACAUACAAUAAUACUGUAAUGCACUGCUGACCACCACUCCAGAAACUCGACCGUGACUGCUUCUGGGAUCGCUUGGGUUGCCGUUUUGAAAUGGAGGCAGCAUGGAACGAGAAAAUCAUUAUUGUAGUCUUUUCCAGACUCCUAGAUUGUUGUUGUUUCCUAUACAGUCUGGGGGUCUCGUCAUGGGCACAUCCGUUAGCAAGGUAUUUAUUUUGAAUAGGAAAGUAGCAAUUGGUUGUCGGCAUUUUGUUUUUUGAAGAAUCCUUCACUUAGACGCAUCUUGUCGUCCCAAGCUAUCCCAGAUACCCUAGCGGACGAAGCUCGUACCCAGGUUACACAAAAAUUCUGGAGUGCGGAAUUUAAAGAUAAGGCAAGAUAAAUUAAGUUUGAGUUCGCUUUAAUUUUAAUUGUGUAAAAUAUUGGACGGUAACUGUUAUUUUGUUGUAUAGCUGGCCGUUUCGUGGAGUAAUACUGGGGAAAACAUUUUCCAGAUGUCCUUUUUUAACGAAAUUAAAUGCUUGUAAUCAAAUGCUAAUAAAGUUUUGUACAGUACCUUA